AUGGGUUGUGGGACUAAACAAGAGAAUUUCGGACCGGUUAUUGGUGAUGGUUUUAGAAGCGGGAAACCCGAUGUUAUCGCAGGAAUACUCGGUAUGAGUGGUGGAAUCAGAUCUUUUAUCAAUCAAUUAGGUCCUGCCGGAGAAGCUAAAUUUGAGUACUGCCUGAAGCCAUAUACGGAUGGUGUGGCUUCAAGCACUUACUUAAGGUUCGGUUCAGACGUGAGAAUUAGAGGCGGUAGAUUAGGUCAACAACGAGUAUAUUCAACUCCCUUAUUUUUUCAACGUCAUGACCCAGAUGCAUAUUACUUGCAUCUAGAAGGUAUCAGUGUAGGUCGUGAUCGACUGGCAUUUCAAAGAAGUGAUUUCGAGUUUCACAAGGAUACGGAAAGAGGCGGUUGUAUCAUAGAUUCAGGGGCUCCGGUGACUUUAAUGCAUGGACCUCUGUUUGAUAAAGUUGCAGAAAGUGUAGAGGUAUAUUUUCAAGAUUUGAAUAUCCUUCGGGUUGAAACACCUCGCGGUUACUUUGAUCUUUGUUUUUCUCCAAGACCCAAGGAUGACAAAGAUUAUCCAGCGAUGACAUUUCACUUUCAGAAUGCCGACUUUGUAAUGGACAAACCGGACACUGUUUUUUCUAUCGGUGGUAAUGAUUUUUGUUUAGGUAUUUCUCGGUUGGAUAGUCAUUAUGAUGUCAUGUUUGGAGCAAUGCAACAAGCUCGCAAAAGGAUUUUAUAUGAUGUUAUGCGAGGGACACUCUCAUUUGCUACAGAGGAUUGCCAAUUGAAUUCAUAA